UUACAAAAGACAUGCAUGAGACUACAAGAAAUCAAGCAGCUCCAAUAAUUUUGCUUUGGAAUUCCCAAUUAUUUUUGAAAAGCAGCUCAUGAAAGCAAAAUGGUGGAACAGUGGGGACAUAGGAUUGUUGUUCUUGGCCUGUUAUUGUCUGUGCCACUUCAGUCGCAGAAAAUUCUGUCAGAUAAGAAGAAAUGUGCGGAUCCUCAUUGUGAAAGUUUAAUGUUCAGAGCUCAGGCUAUUCAAGAUUACAAUGGACCUGACUGCAGAUAUCUGAGUUUUAAAGUAGGAGCAGAAAUCAUUGUGUACUACAAACUGUCUGGUAAACGAGAGGAUCUAUGGCAAGGAAGUACUGGUAAAGAAUAUGGCUUUUUCCCAAUGCAUACUGUUACAAUUGAAGAAAUCUACGUGACUGAAGAAGUAGAGGUUGAUGCACAGGAAAUUGAUUUUGUUUGUCUGAAUGGGGGUGAAUAUGUAUUUGAAAAUGAGGACAGUGUACUGCUUAAGCCUGAGGAAAGCGAAUAUGCUCGUGACUUGGAGAGUAAAGUAAUUAAAGAUAACAAGUUUGUUGGAAAUACAGAGACAAAUACAGAAACAAACAUACAGACAUCCGAGAACCUGGAAGAAAUAGACAAAUCUAAAUGGUCUACAUCAAGUAUUGCAGGAUGGUUCGGCAUAGGAGAGUCAGAAGACAAACAAAGUACUGAAAUUAACACAGAACCUGUAAAAGAAGAUACUUUUCACUCAAGGAAAAUUGCAAUAAGUGAAGAAAUGGAAAUUAAAGGAACUGAUGAAGUGGAACUGAAAAAGUCUGGAUGGUUAAGCAGUCAAUUUACAAAUUUUCUGCCAUUUGGAAAAAGGGAGGUUGAUGCUCCAGUUCAAAAAGAAAAAACAGAUGAUGUGGUUUCUGCUCAUACAAGUCAAUCUGAUGAGAUGAAAAUGAAUGUCAAGGAAAUACCAACCGAAGCAAGCACUUCUACAGAGCCACAGUCAAAAUGGUUUAACUUUGCUAUAAAAGAUGUUUUCGGAGUUGGCAGUAAAGAUGAAGUUAAGAUAAAAGAUGUUCAUGAACAUGGAGAUAUCAUUUUAGAAAAUGAACCAUCAGAAAUUUCCAGUGAUGGUGAAGAAUUAACUGCAACAAACAGUGAAGACAGAGAGGAAACAUUUGAUGAAACUAAAAGCCAAGAGAAAGGUGGGUCUUGUGAUUCACAGCUGUUAGAUGACUUUUCAUGUGUAAUGUCAGGGGGAAAAGGCUCCCAAUCCAUUGAGAGUGUUAUAUCAGAAAACCAAAAUACUUUGCAAUCUUAUAAAGAGCUCCACAAUGAAGAUAUUAGUGAAAAUUCGUAUACACAAUCAUAUGCCAUGCCAAACUGGGUAAACAAUAAAGAGGAUAGGACUGUAGAAAUUCAUAUAGAAGCUAGAGAAACAAUAUAUGAAGGUCAGUCAUAUAAUUCAAAGGAAAAUAAGGAAAUGGUUCAAGCAGACUCUGGUAAAACUGAAAAUCAUGAUAUGGCAAAUGGUCAAAAAAAUAGUAGCAAGCUUAGUCUUGAGCCCUCUCUUAAUAUACUCCCAAAUACAGACACAAAUGGUAUAAAUACACUUGUCCAGACAACUACAGGAACAACAUCUGGAGAUAGAGAUGAGCCUAAAAAGACUUAUACUGAUGAGAUAGAAAAUCAGUUUACAGCUGAGAUCAAUAGUACUGUAUCCCCAAAAGAAGAAAACAAUAAAUCUCAAAAGAGUUUUAUACCUCAGGUUGAUCUCUUGGAAUCUCAGGAUAAAAAAGAUCUGGAUACUUUAAAAAAUAAUAUAUAUUCUUCCAAUCACAUAGAUGAAGCAAGCCCUAAAGAGAACACUGUGGUGGAUUUACCCCUGGAUGACAAAAUUGAGCAAAUGUAUGCUGAAAAUACUGUCAAUUCAACAAAAACACAGGAAGAGAACAUCAAAAUAAAUGAAUUUUCAGCUGAUGGGACAAAGGAAAAACACAAAAUUCUGUCUACUGAUAACCCUAUAGUGAGUGAAACAUUUAGGACAGAACUGUCUUCAGAUAUUGGGAACCCAAAUACUGACUGUGAUAUCAGUAGCAACACUAAGAUUCAUAAAACUGUUGCACAAGACUUUCUAUCAAAGAAUGAACUGAGUGAACAUAGCCAGGAACUAGAAACAGCAGCUGAAAGAAUACCCACAUUUCAGCCUGGAUAUGAUACUCUUAAGGAAGAGCUGGACCUACCUCAGGAAAACACAUUUCAUCAAGGGCAGAAAUUAAAUGCAAGAAUGGAAAAAGCAUCUGAAUCAACUACACUAUCAUUCAAAGUUAAUGGAUUCGUAUUUAAAAUCACAGAACUGACAGCGUUUGGUGAGAUGGCAGCUUCAGAAAUCCUUGAAAUAUACACCAACUGGAUUUGUCCAGCUGUAUCCUCGAUUGUCAGGAUUACUAAGCAGGUCAUGUCAACUUUAUCAGAUCUGCUUCCUGAUUCUGACUUCUAUGGGUGUUCCUGGGAAGUGGUGGCUUUUACUGCCCUUUUUGGGUUUUCAACAGUGUUAUUGUUUACAUGCAGAACUGUUCGCUCUAUUAAAAGCAGAUGUUAUGCAGGCAGAGAAAAGAAACUUAGUGCUAAAUUUUCUGAAGCAGUGAAUGGCAAGAGUGAGGUUCUACAGAAACUCAGUAUUAUUCAAAAACAAUAUGAAGAAGUUCAGCAAUCUCUAGAGGACUCAAGCCAUCAGCGACUACUCGCUGAAAUCACUGAGCAGAAGACGUUACAGGAAACCCUGCAGAAAUCAAAUUGUGAUUUGGAAGAGAAAAUCCUUAAACUGGAACAAGAGCUGGAAGAAGAGAAGGCACUGGGACUGGAGUUAGAAACUAAGAUUUCUAACGUAAAUGAAAAAAUCAAAACUCUGGAAGAUGAUUUGAAGAAGGGAAAAUCACAAAAAGAAGAGAUCCACACAACCAUGAAAGUAUUUGAGAUUAAUCAGGGCAGACUAGAGACAUCCUCUCAAGAUGCUAUAGAAGAAAGAUCUCAUCUACAAGAAAGCAUUAAGCAGCUUUCCAAGGAAGCAGAGGGAUGGGAAGAAAGGUUUAGUGAACUUGCAGAGAAUUCUAAAAUGCUGAGUUCAUCGGUGGAUGCAAUGCACGAAGACAUGAACAAUAAACAGAUCCAGAUUAAAUCACUUAUUGACAAUUUGUUGAAAAUGAAAGACUGGGGCCCAGAGAUGGAUGAAGUUGAAGAAGGAGAAGACCUUUCUAUCCCCAAUCUAACAUGGGACUUUGAAAAUGGAGAAUCCUUAGCUGACCCUCAGAAGCGGACUAUAAAAAAGUUAAUUUAUGCUGCCAUGCUAAAUGCAUCAUUGAGAAGUACAGAAUCGGAAAAGAAACAGUUGUAUGAUAACCUCUCUGAUGAAAUGAAAGUCAAAGAACAGCUUUUAGAAUGUAUUAAUAAUCUUCAAAAUACUAAGCAGUCCCUGAUCUCUGAAAAGGAACAGCUUGAAGGAGAUGUGGAAAAUAUGAAGCACAAAAUGAGUGUGAUGUCAGAAAUGUAUCAAGAAAAUGAAAAGAAACUUCACAGAAAGUUGACCGUGCAGGAGAAGGAGCGUAUUCAAAAAGAGGAGAAGCUUUCAAAAGUAGAUGAAAAAAUACAUUUGGCAACUGGGGAACUUUUGACUGUCAAGACACGGGUGAAGGAACUGGAAGAUGAAAUUGAGAAAACAGUCUAUUCCUACCAAAGUCAGGUUACUUCUUAUGAAAAAAAAUCUCAUGACAACUGGCUCACAGCAAGGGCUGCAGAGAGGCACUUAAGUGAGAUCAAAAAAGAGACAGCACAUUUCAGACAGAAAUUAAUAGAAGCAGAAUAUAAAGUGGAACUUCUGGAAAAGGAUCCAUUUGCUUUGGAUGUGAUUCAUGCUAUAGGCAGAGCUUAUGCAGAUGUUUUUAUAAACCACCAAGAUAGCUCACCAUAUGGAAUAUCUCCCAUUAGCAGACUGCCAGAUAGCAGAGCAUUUCUCUCUCCCCCAACCCUUCUAGAAGGCCCUUUGAGGCUCUCUCCAAUGCUUCCAGGAGUAGACAGAGGUGUGAGACCUCCUGGAUAUUACCCAGCACAUGGCGGAGUUAAAGAACGUGGGGACAUAAAUGCUGAUCGAAAGGCAGAUCAGCAGCGCACACAUUCUGAUGCUGGUUCUUUAUCACCUCCAUGGGAGAGAGACCAUAAAGCCAGUAUGCCACCACCAGGUUUACCAUAUCCUGAGCUACCCUUCCCAUCUAGAAGGCCAGAAAGAUUUUAUCAAUACCCUGUAUCAUCAGGACGAUUUUCAGGACCAGCAGAACUCACUAGAAAUCAGGGGAUAUCUUUCACAGAUCUGCCAGAUGGUCAAUCAGCUAACACAAUCAGGAAUGGAUCUGAAGAUAAUGAUACUUUACAUGGUAGUUCCAACCAACCACUUCUUAAAGAGGGGGAAACAGCUGAUGUACCACCAAUGGCAUAUGCAGUCCAUCCCCUUCCUCCAAUGCGGGUUCCUUUAUUACCAAUGGACCCUAGAGGACCUUAUUUUAGAAGACCUUUUCCAAUGCAACCACCUCCAGUUGACAUGUACCCACCACCAGAAUACCCAGGAAUACCACCAAUUCAUGCUACAAUGAGAAGUCCUCUUCCACCCCAUCACUAUCCUCCUUUCCCAAUGCACGGGGAUCAGUUUUUCCCACCACCACAUUUAAGACAACCAAUUCGAAGUGAACAUCUUCCUGAUCCUCCUCCUGUUGCAUCUGAAACCCAAGAGAAGCCACCAGAACCAACAGCUUAAUGUCAUCUCUUGCUCCAGCAGUUUAGAAAUCUCAAGAAAUAAUAUUUAUUUUUAAUAUGACCUGCUUUACUUUUGGUUUAGAUUGAUAUGAGUUUAGAGAUUUGUAUAAAAUGUUAAUUUAACUUUUUGUGAAUAAUUGAUAUGUACAUUAGAUGCUAUCAUGCAUGUUAUUUUAAUUUUUUUUAAUCUGAGGAAAAUGAGUGCUUGUUUUAAAAAAAAAAAUUUUUACAGUGAGUAUGUGAAAAUGACCUCCGUGGCAUUCAUUCGCCAACCACAACGCCCUGAACUACACAGGGGAAUGGAAGAGACAUAUGUACGCUAAUAAAACUGGUUAUGUACGCUAAUAAAACUGGUUUAUUUCACAUAAUGUA